CUUCUGUCACCAUAGCGACACACGCUGCCGGACUGAGAGUAUCAAGUGAGGUCUGUCGCCCGGGCCGUGCGUGUGCACGUGCUUGCCUAUAUGUGCUCGGUUGGUUAUAUAUCGGAGUGGGAGAAGGGACCUUGUGACGUACCUAGGGGAGGAGACACGUCACCAGGGGGAGGAGUUACGGCCGAACAGGGUACCCGAAAAGUACGCUCGCCACGCUUCGGGCUCGGUGGCUCGCUCCGCUUCGCUCGCCACCUAACUACUAAAGGUAAUAGUUGGUGGCGGGGAUAGUAGAGCAACUGUCCCGCUGGCCUAGCUCCUCCCCCUUGUGUCGUGGCCCCUCCCCCUGACGGAAAAGGUUCCUUAGGCCACUUGGAUCUAGCCUCAACCAUAUGUGCUCCUAUUAUAUCAACAGCAGUAACUGAUGUCAUUACGGCAGAGCUGUUUUAUACAUACCCCAGUUCAGAGGUCAGAUGUCCCAAAAAGUCACGGUCACUGUACGUCUGGUUCGAUCUUUUCAGCAUCGUAACUUCCGCCCGGUUGUUUAUCAUGACGUCAUCCUGGAUCAGACUGUGCAGGAAUUUUUAGAACAUAUUAAGAACGACAUCGCUGUCCGGGACGGAUUACCGCCUCCAUUUAAGAAGCACUCGUAUGAUACCAUGAAAAUCAUUCAUCAGGCGCAUGGAUCAAAGACCAAUGAGCUGGUGGUGGGUCUGGAGGACGACAAUAAACUGAUCUUGCGGAGCGGACAGACCUUGCGUGAGGCCGGCGUAGCCCAUGAAACAGAGCUGGCUCUAUUCUGUGACGCUGACUACAGACAGUACAAGGACAACCCCGUCUCCACGUGGUGACCACAAUCUGGAGUGUAAGGUGGAUUCUGGGAGUUCCCUUUGUCCAACUUGCAGAACUGCUCAUCUGGGUGACUGUGAUAAAACUAUCAGCCAUGGAAGCUGCACGUAGGCCUUAUCUAAUAAACCUUUCUGUGUUGUCUCAUCCUAUGUCCCUA